AUGGAUUCUGACAUGGAUUAUGAGAGGCCAAACGUAGAAACUAUCAAGUGCGUCGUGGUCGGGGACAACGCGGUGGGCAAGACCCGGCUCAUCUGCGCGCGCGCCUGCAACGCCACGCUCACCCAGUACCAGCUCCUCGCCACCCACGUGCCCACGGUGUGGGCCAUCGACCAGUACCGUGUGUGCCAGGAGGUGCUGGAGCGCUCGCGGGAUGUGGUAGAUGAUGUUAGCGUGUCCUUGCGGCUCUGGGACACCUUUGGAGACCACCACAAAGACCGGCGCUUUGCAUAUGGCAGAUCCGACGUCGUGGUUUUGUGCUUCUCCAUCGCCAACCCCAACUCCCUGCACCAUGUGAAGACCAUGUGGUACCCGGAGAUCAAACACUUCUGUCCCCGUGCGCCCGUCAUCCUGGUGGGCUGCCAGCUGGACCUGCGCUACGCCGACCUGGAGGCCGUCAACCGGGCACGGCGUCCCUUGGCCAGGCCAAUCAAACCCAAUGAGAUCCUUCCCCCGGAGAAGGGAAGGGAGGUGGCCAAAGAACUGGGGAUCCCCUAUUACGAGACGAGCGUGGUGGCUCAGUUUGGCAUCAAGGACGUCUUCGACAACGCCAUCCGUGCCGCCCUCAUCUCCCGCCGUCACCUGCAGUUCUGGAAGUCCCAUCUACGCAACGUGCAGCGGCCCCUCCUCCAAGCCCCCUUCCUGCCCCCCAGACCCCCUCCGCCCAUCAUCGUGGUGCCGGAUCCCCCGUCCAACAAUGAGGAGCACCCGGCCCACCUCCUGGAGGACCCCCUGUGCGCGGACGUCAUCCUGGUGCUGCAAGAGAAGAUCAAAAUCUACGCUCACAAGAUCUACCUCUCCACCUCCUCCUCCAAGUUUUACGACCUGUUCCUCAUGGACCUGAGCGAGGAGGACCAGCAGAGCAGUGCAGGGCAUGGUUUUGGGGUUGCCGUCACCGCAGCGGCCGAGAGGAUGCUGCACCAAGAGGAGAGGCAUCACGGACGGGAUUUCCUCCUCCGAGCUGCGAGCUUUGAUAUCUGUGAAAGCACCGAGGAGGGCGGCUCCGGCCAGCGAAAACCGUGCCUUAGAGCCUCCACCAGUGAUGGGAUCCUACGGGGGAACCGCUAUGAGAACGGGGAACGCGGGCUGCGACGGGGACGGGACCUCUCCUCUUGGAGCCGGGCCUUCAUCAGCAUCCAGGAGGAGAUGGCCGAAGACCCGUUGACCUACAAAUCCAAGCUGAUGGUGGUGGUGAAGAUGGAUGCUUCCAUCCAACCGGGCCCUUUCCGGGCCGUGCUGAAGUAUUUGUACACCGGGGAGCUGGAUGAGAAGGAGCGGGACCUCAUGCACAUCGCUCACAUCGCGGAGCUGCUGGAGGUGUUCGACCUCCGCAUGAUGGUGGCCAACAUCCUCAACAACGAGGCGUUCAUGAACCAGGAGAUCACCAAAGCCUUCCACGUCCGGAGGACGAACCGGGUGAAGGAAUGCCUGGCCAAGGGGACUUUCUCGGAUGUCACCUUCGUGCUGGAUGACGGUGCUAUCAGUGCCCACAAGCCCCUGCUCAUCUCCAGCUGCGACUGGAUGGCCGCGAUGUUCGGCGGUCCCUUCGUGGAGAGCUCCACUAACGAGGUGGCACUUCCUUACACCAGCAAGAGCUGCAUGCGGGCCGUGCUGGAGUAUCUUUACACUGGGCAGUUCAGCUCCAGCCCUGACCUCGAUGACAUGAAGCUCAUCAUCUUGGCCAACCGCCUCUGCCUGCCCCACCUGGUGGCUCUUACUGAGCAGUACACCGUCACCGGGCUGAUGGAAGCUGCGCAGAUGAUGGUGGACAUCGAUGGGGACGUGCUGGUGUUCCUGGAGCUGGCACAGUUCCACUGCGCCUACCAGCUCGCCGACUGGUGCCUCCACCACAUCUGCACCAACUACAACAACGUCUGCCGCAAGUUUCCCCGCGACAUGAAGGCCAUGUCGGGAGAGAACCAGGAGUACUUCGAGAAGCACCGCUGGCCGCCGGUGUGGUACCUGAAGGAGGAGGACCACUACCAGCGGGCCAAGAAGGAGCGGGAGAAGGAAGACUACCUCCACCUCAAACGGCAGCCCAAGAGGCGGUGGCUCUUCUGGAACUCCCCUUCCUCCUCUCCUUCGUCGUCGGCAGCCACAGCCUCCUCCUCCUCCUCCUCCUCCUCCUCCUCGGCUGUGGUUUGAUCCUUGCUGCGGCUCCAGGAGAUGAGGAGGAGGAAGGACGCCCAGCGCCUGUUGGGUGCCACCAAUGGGUGCCCCGAGGAGAUGGAGGGAGUGCAUCCCCACAGCGAGGGCUCUGCUGUCCACAUGCCAGCGCCGGGACUGGCACAAAGCAGCAGGAGAAGAGGUGACAGGAGCACGAGGGCUGUCUGGUUUUGUUUUCAUUCAUUCAUUCUUUCGAACAUCAACCGCAUGAGGAAGAAGAAGAGAAGCAUCCUGCUUCCGCCUUUCAGUUGUAACCAGGAGCUGCAGGGUAGGGUUGGGUUUUGUGGGAUGCCAUCCUGCUGUCCCUUGGACUUGCAGUAGGGUGAGGAGGGAGCCUGGUCCCAAAAGGACCGAGGAGAGGAUCCUACUUGGCUGCAGGAGCCACGCACCGCAGCGCCAUCCACUUCCAUGGAGGGCUGUCCCAGUUUGGGCAACUGCUGGGAAAAGGAGCCCCUCUCCUCCACCUCUCCCCAUGGAAAGUUUGGGCCUCAGCAGUGCAAGAGCCCAGAGUGCACACGUUUCACCAAAAAGAAAUUU